UUUCUUUUCUUAUUUUUUAUAUGCUCCUCUCUUCUUCCUCUACUCUCUUUGAUGGAUGCUGAAGACUUCCAGGAGCAAAAUAACAUGAGCUAUGAAGUUGAAGAAACGACAAUAUUCUGCAUUUGAUUUUUUUUUUUCAAAGUAACUAGUUUUGAAUUUUACGGAUUAAUUUGAGUUUGUUCCGGGUCACUUGAGUUGAUCCAAGUUAACUUUCAUCCGGUUUAAAUGAAAAAUAUGACCGGACAAUUAGAUAGUUCAUCAGGUCGCUGGCCUGACCGGCCGUUCUAGUUCCGUUUUCCACACCAUACCGUUAACUAUACAAGUUAAUUAAUGGUAAUUAGGUUUUGAUAAAAUUAAAAAAAAAAAGGUUUCGAAUAUUAAUUUAAAUAAUUAUAAAAUUCAGGAUUUUUUUUUAUCACUCAUCAUUAAUUUUCCUCUGUACUGUUGAGCAUGUGACGUAAUACUGUCACCUUGACCGUUCAGCUUCUCUUUCUUGUUUCUUGUUUUUAUGGCGCAUGGGAGGGUGGUUCUUGUGGUUCAAGCAACUGAAACUGAUCCAAAAAUCAAACGGUUUGCGCGAGUCAGAGGCCUGUGCGAGUGCCAGAAGACAUGACUAACACGGGAAAGAGAAAGCUUUGCGAAGCCGAUGAACCAGAAGAUUGGUGUUUUGAAUGCAAGGAUGGUGGAGAUCUUCUUGUUUGUGAUCAUGAGAAUUGUGGGAAGGUUUACCACGUCAAAUGUGUACAGGAGGAAGAAUCCUCUUUUACAAGUCGAGAAUCUUGGAUUUGUGGUCGGCAUUAUUGCUUCCACUGCCAAAACCCCGCAAGGUUUUAUUGCCUUGGCUGUCCGCGUGCUGUAUGCAAUAAGUGCUAUGCUGUUUCAGAAUUUGCUACUUUUGGAGGCGGCAAAGUAUUAUGCAGCGAGUGUUUGGAGCUAGUUUUCAUCAUAGAAAAAAAUUUGGAUCGCGACUCUGAGGGGAAUAAAAUUAGCUUGGUUGACAGAGAGACAUAUGAAGCUCUAUUCAAGGAAUAUUGGGAAAUCAUUAAGGUAAAGGAAGGUUUGACUAGUGAUGAUGUUUGUGAUGCUUUAACCAACUAUAAAAUGGAUCAGAAUUCUGUUCAUCAUAGUGAAACUGAAGAGGAGGGGGAGGGGGAAGAUGAGGAUGAGGAGGAGGGCUGGAUACCAUACGAUAGAGAUAACGGUAAGCUUGGGGCCAAAAGGAACAAGUCCAAACUAAAGGAGUUCAUAGGAUGGGAGUCAAAAUCUCCUCAGACCAAGUAUAAAAAGGAUAAGAAUUCUCUUCAUCAAAGAAGAUUUGGUGAUAGUGAAGAAGAUUUGACAUCAUAUAGUAGUGAUGUAGAUCAUACCUGGAAACAUAAGGCAGGGACCAAAAGAAAGGGGUCCGAAUCACAGAAAUUCAUAGGAUGGGGAUCAAAAUCUGUCAUUGAUUUUCUUGCAUCUAUUGGAAAAGAUAUAAUUAAACCAUUCACACGAUGGGAAGUAACUUAUCUCAUCCAUGAAUAUGUUUCCGUAAAAGACCUUGGUCACCCCAAAUUCAAAGAGAAGUUCAUUCCUGAUGAAAAGUUGAUUCCCCUAUUAGGAAAGAAAGUUGUAUCAGUAAGCAAAAUAUAUUCUCUGCUGAAGCCCCACUUUGUUGAAAACUCACAGCAAAUAACGGAGGAGGAAAAUGAUGAUGAAAACAAAGACAAUUUUUCCUACAAGCUUCUUAGUGGUCUGCCAUGCUUCGAAAACAAUCUUUCAAGCUUGUUGCGAAAAUCUCUGUUGAAGAAAGGGGAUUAUAUAACCCGAACAAGCUGUUUUGCAUCCAUUAAUGCUGAAAAUAUUAAACUAAUAUACUUGAAACAAAGCCUGGUGCUAGAGUUAUCAAAACAGCCUGAAAGUUUUAAAGAUAAGGUUAUUGGAACCUUUGUCAAAAUUCGAGCGGAUCCCACUGAUCAUAGGCAAGGAAAUCAUUAUCAUCUUGCAAGAGUCCUAGGUGUGAAUAAUGAAUUUCUCUUGCAAGUUUCCUUCAUGCCAAAAGCUAUUGCUAUUUCUGAGCUUUCUGAUGAUGACUUUACUGAGCAAGAAUGUGAGACCUUGCAGCAAAAAGUGAAAGAUAACUUGCUCCCAAAGAUGACUGUUAAGGAGCUUGAAGCGAAGGCCAGAUACCUGCAUGAAGAUAUAACAAAGCAUUGGAUUGCAGUGCGCCUGGUGUAUCUGGAAAAGCGAAUAGAAUAUGCAAAUGACAAGGGGAGACAGAGAGAGAAAGAUGCAUUGAUAGAUGAGAAGUUAGAUCUUGAGCGGCCUUUGAGAAGAGACGAACUGUUACGACAGGUGCCAGUAGUUUCCCCAGAACUUAUCCAGGAAAAAUACGAUCCUGAUGACACCCGGGAACCAGAUGAACAGGGUCUAUGAUGAAGAACCUCGUUAUUUCUUUUUCAUGUUGCAAGCAACCAUUGACGACUAUUGUUUCUUGGUAGGUGUAUCAAACUUGUCCAGCUAAAUUUGCUGCUUCUGCUUAGUCGUGACUAAUCCAGAAUCAUGACUGUUGAAACCAAUGGUUAGAUUGAGCUAUCCCAAUUAUUAUUUGUUAAAUGAAUUGGCUGUAAGGUAAAGCAGAUUGUAUUACGAAAUUCAGAAAUGUACCAAA